AACCGGAAGAAACUUACGGUGGCUGGUGAAGUCCAAACUCCUCCGUCUUCCCCUCGUUUCUCUCCCCCACCGCCUCCUUCGCGGGAGCCGAGCGCCAAACUCAAAUUUACCAGGACCGUGUACGCCUUUCAGUCUAGUACCUAGGCCUGGCCUGUCCGACCUUUCCGCGCGCCUGCCGGGCCACCGGUCCAACAUGAGCCAGGUUUUGUUCCAGCAACUGGUUCCAUUGCAAGUGAAAUGCAAAGACUGCGAGGAGAGGAGAGUAAGUGUAAGAGUGACCAUUGAACUACAGUCAGUUACUAAUCCAGUUCACAGAAAGGAUUUAGUUGUCCGACUGACUGAUGAUACUGAUCCAUUUUUUCUGUAUAACCUUGUUAUAUCUGAGGAAGAUUUUCAGAGUUUAAAAUUCCAGCAAAGUCUUCUUGUAGACUUUUUAGCUUUCCCACAGAAAUUUAUAGAUCUUCUUCAACAAUGUACUCAAGAACAUGGCAAAGAAAUUCCAAGGUUUUUACUACAUUUAGUUUCUCCAGCAGCCAUUUUGGAUAGCUCACCAGCAUUUUUAAAUGUGGUAGAGACAAAUCCUUUUAAGCAUCUUACGCACCUUUCGCUGAAACUUUUACCUGGAAAUGACGUGGAAAUAAAGAAAUUUCUAGCAGGCUGUUUGAAAUGUAGCAAGGAAGAAAAAUUAUCAUUGACGCAGUCACUAGAUGAUGUUACUAGGCAACUGAACCUCACACAAAAGACAUUAUCUGAAAAAAUUCAGGAAUUAGAUAAGUUACGGAAUGAAUGGACAUCACACACAGCAGCACUGACAAAUAAGCAUUCUCAGGAACUGACAAAUGAAAAGGAAAAAGCCUUGCAGGCACAGGUUCAAUAUCAACAGCAGCAUGAACAACAGAAAAAAGACUUAGAAAUCCUCCACCAACGAAACAUCCACCAGUUGCAAAACAGAUUGUCUGAAUUAGAAACAAGUAAUAAAGACCUUACUGAAAGGAAAUACAAAGGAGACUCCACUGUUAGAGAACUUAAAGCAAAACUUUCUGGUGUUGAAGAGGAGCUCCAGCGGGCUAAGCAAGAAGUCCUUUCUUUGAGAAGAGAGAAUUCUACACUAGAUGCUGAAUGCCAUGAAAAAGAAAAGCAUAUUAAUCAGUUACAAACAAAAGUGGCUGUUUUAGAACAGGAAAUCAAGGAUAAGGACCAGCUUGUUUUAAGAACAAAAGAAGCGUUUGAUACAAUCCAGGAACAAAAGGUGGCUUUAGAAGAAAAUGGAGAGAAAAAUCAGGUGCAAUUAGGAAAACUUGAAGCCACAAUAAAAUCAUUAUCAGCAGAACUUCUUAAGGCAAAUGAAAUUAUCAAGAAGUUACAAGGGGAUCUGAAAACCCUAAUGGGUAAGUUGAAACUGAAGAAUACAGUUACUAUUCAGCAAGAAAAACUCUUGGCUGAGAAGGAGGAAAAGUUACAAAAGGAACGUAAGGAAUUACAAGAUGUUGAACAGUCUCUCCGAAUUAAAGAGCAAGAGGUAUGCAAAUUGCAAGACCAGUUAGAAGCUACAGUUCAAAAACUUGAAGAGAGCAAACAGCUUCUGAAAAAUAAUGAAAAGUUAAUCACAUGGUUAAAUAAAGAACUAAAUGAAAAUCAGCUAGUGAGAAAGCAAGAUGUAUUAGGUUCUUCUACCACUCCACCUGGACAUUUUAGCAGUAACACAAUCAAAAGUGGAAUUUCUCCUAACUCUAAUGUGAUUGACAGUAGACUGACUUACCCAUCUUGUGGAAUCGGUUAUCCACUUUCCUCUGCAUUUGCGUUUCAGAGUGCCUUUUCUCAUCCAAUAUCUGCCAGAAAUACCAUCCACCCAGUUUCAGGACCAAAGGUUCAUUUUAACUUGCAGUUUACAAAACCAAAUACAUCAUCACUAGGAGAUGUUCACUCAGGAACAACUAUUAAUAUGCCUUGCUCAACUGAUAAGGAAAAUGGUGAAAAUCUGGGGCUGGAAUCCAAGUAUCUGAAGAAAAGGGAAGAUAGCAUUCCUUUACGUGGGCUCAGCCAGAAUCUAUUUAAUAAUAAUCCAGACCAUCAGAAAGAAAGCACUCUAGGAGCAUUGCAGACAUCAUCAAAACCCACAGUGCAUCCUUCUACGUCUUCAGCAUAUUUUCCUGGGCAGUUACCCAACAGUUAAUUACUAGUGCUGUCCUUUACUUUUUAUUGAAGUAUUAGAAACUUAGAUGGUUUCUGUCUUCAAAUUCAAAGUCCACUUGAGCUAUUUAUUAGAUUGUUUUACUGAUGUCAUAUUUGUAAGACGGUUUAGAGAAGCAAAUUUGUACUUGGGGAUUGGUGAAGAUUGAGUUAAUGACAUUUUUUGGUUUGUGAACAUAGUACUAUUUUAUGGAAUAGUUAUAUGAAUUUUAUUAAUCCUUAAAAAUUCAGUUCUGAGGAAUGAGUUGGUCCUUAUAAGGGACAUUCUAAGCAUUCUAUCUGGGUAAAUUAAAAACUGCUCAGAAUAUAAUAGUAUAAAACCAAAGAAUAAUAAAUCAUUUUAUCAUUUUCAUUGGCAUUGUAAAGUUUUAAAUUUGCCAGCUGAGAAUUAUGAUGGAAAAUGAUUAUCUCCUAAGAUAUCUAUAUUAAUACUUAAAGGGAAAAGUCCUAAAUUACCUUAAAAUGAAAGGAAUUAAAUUUUCAUGGUAAGUAUGAGUAUCUGCCAGCUAUUGAAUAAGUCUCUUAAAUCAUUUUAGAUAAACUUAUAAAAAUUAUUCAGUGUAUUUACACAAAGAAAUUAGGUAUAAAGUGCUUUCGUCAUUCAAGUUGAAAAGUUCAUAGAUUUUAAUGCUUCUUGAACUUAACUCAUCCAAUUUUUCUCAAGUUUGAAUUUUAUUAGUUUGUUAUUCAGUUAAAUUUGUUUCAGUGGAAUUUUGUUUUAAAAAUUGGCACUAUACAAAAUCUUCUCUAUAAGAGCAUCAUGAAUUUUCACAGCAUUUUGUUUUUAUAAUAUAAAAAUUUAGAUUCAUUUUUAAUGUUUUCUUAGUAAAGUAGGUAAAACAACUGUAAGAAGUUGCAAUUUUCUUCCCUUCCCUAUAUCUAAAAUAGUUUCAAGUAAGAAUUCUUCCUUGGAAUAAAUUGGGUUAUUAAAAAAUAAUCACUCAGAAUCACAAUCGUAGGGACCCCAUUUUGACUUGUUGUUGACAACCAUCCCACACAGAAUAACAUUCUCUUCAGAAUCCUCUAAAUCAACUUUGUAAAUUAAGCAUUUCUAAUGCUCAUGUGAUAUGUAAAGUUAUUUUCAAGUACUGUAUUAUAGAUGAGGAAAAGAGGCAUUUCAAGAUAUAAAUAACAUGCCAAAUUCUUGGGUUUCAUGGUAAGACAAAGAAUCUUGACUCUUUUUUUUUUUUUUUUUAUGAAGCCACUUUAUUGUUUUCUGAUUCUUUGGAACUCAGCAGGCAAUUUCAAGCUGUAUUAAGCCAGGGAUCUAAUCUAAAAAUUCAAAAGUAAGAAUAGGCAGUGACUUCUUAUAUAAAGUUUUUAACUCAUUUAGAUGUAUUAUUAAGAAUACUAGGUGACGAUUAAGUGCUGAUAAUCUGGAAAGAAAUCUCUUGGUGGGACUAGACUCUGAUUUGUUGUAAAUACUAUGUAACAUAUAUAAAACGUGACAGGGUUUGGAUGGGAUGCAUGAAAUAUAGGUAGCUCUUCUUUAAAUAUAUCCUCUUUCAUAUUCAUACAUGGAAAAAUUGGAGGCAUUUCCAAAAGAUAGGAUAGAGAUCAUUCAGUCAUUUGAUCAUUUGGAUCAAAUCUGCUAAAGAUUUUUUUUUAUUAAUGUAUACAUACAGACUUCUAAGUGUGUUAAUUCUUUGCUCUACCUCUUAUAGCUGAAAUUGUUUUGUAUUGUAAAAUUGUACAUGUGUUAAUAAUCAAAAUGUUGCAUUUAAAGUAUUUUGAAAACUGUCAACUUAGUUAAUAAAGUAUUA